GGGCGGGCGGCGGCCCCGGCGCCGGGCGGCGGCCCCGGUACCCUGCUGCUCUGCCUGGCCCUGGCCUCCGGCUUGGCACUCUUCAGCUGCGUGGGCGCCGACACCAACAUCACGGCCGGCCACGGCCCCGAGGGGCUCGGCUGCGGCACGGCACGGCCAUGCACAGGGAACGGCACGCAGCUGCGGCGGCAGAGCCACUUCUCCCGCUGCCCGGAGGAGUACCAGCACUACUGCGUCAAGGGCAGGUGCCGCUUCCUCGUGGCCGAGCAGGCUCCGGCGUGUGUGUGCGAGCGGGGCUACACCGGGGCUCGCUGCGAGAGGGUGGAUCUGUUCUACCUGCGAGGGGACCAGGGCCAGAUCGUCAUCAUCUCCCUGAUCGUCGCCAUCGCCGCCCUCAUCAUCCUCGUCGUCGGCAUCUGCCUCUGCAGCCACCACUGUCGGAGGCAGCGUAGGAAGAGGAAGGCAGAAGAGAUGGAAACGCUAAACAAGGAUGGACCUUCCAGAAGUGAAGACGUGCGGGAAACGGGCAUCGCGUGAAGGAGCUCCCGGUACCUGCGGGCGGGUCCCGGACGGCAGCAGCUGCUGGCUCCACGGGCGAGGGCUAAAGCGUGCGGCGGCUUCAAUAAAGGGGUGACGGAAAGGUG